AUGGCCGUCGCAAACGAAAAGGCAACACAAGGGGACAGCCCAAUGAGUCCAGGUCUGGCCCCCACGCCCGCCUAUAUCCCCGUCGCAGAGAAGCGUGAUGGUAAGGUGGACGAAGAGAAGAACAUGGGCCCUGUGGAAGGUUAUAUUAGAAUCUUCAAAUAUGGCACCAAAUCCGAACACUCGAUGCAGGCUGUGGCCAUCUUGUGUGCCGUCGGCUCAGGCGUGGCCAUGGCAAUGGUCAACCUGGUUUUCGGCCAGUUCAUCACCGUCAUCACCAAGUUCGUGACCGGCCAGAAUACGCCAGCGGAGUUCCGUAAAGAUGCAUCUCGGCUUGCCCUCUACUUCUUUAUCAUCGGCAUCGUGCGCUUCAAACUCAGUUACGGCUACGCCACCUUCUUAACACUCGCCGCUUAUCGCACAACUCGCAAUAUCCGCACUGCGUAUCUCCGAGCCGGUUUAAGUCAGGACGUAGCCUACUUUGAUGCGGCCGAGGGCGGAUCCAUUGCCGUCCAGGCCACCUCCAACGGCAAGCUUAUCCAGGCUGGCAUCUCCGAGAAGCUCGGCAUGGUCUUCCAGGGACUUGCAGCGUUUGUCGCCGCCUUCGCUCUGGCCUUUGCCACACAGUGGAAGCUCACCCUUAUUACUUGCUGUAUUGCCCCUGCUACGCUGCUCGUCAUCGGAGUAGCCUCCACUAUCGAGGCCGGUAUCGAGACCGAAAUCCUCAAAGUUCAUGCGCAGGGAGGCAGUUUCGUCGAGAGCGUGCUCUCCAGCGCCCGCACUAUCCAGGCUUUCGCCCUCCGCACCAGACUAGUUGAGAACUUUGACUCUUACUUGAAAGAAGCUCGCCGACUCGGUAACAAGAAGAACCUACUUUUUGGGAUCAUGUUCUCGGCUGAAUACUUUAUCAUGUUUGCUGGAAUGGGUCUGUGUUUCUGGCAAGCCAUCAGCAUGCUCGUCAAGGGGGAGGUAGACGAGCCAGGAGACGUUUUUAUCGUCCUCAUGUCCGUCAUUGUGGCCGCCUCUAGUCUGACUUCAAUCGCUCCCUACCUGAUCGACUUCAGCCGUGCUGCAGCUGCAGCUGCUGAGCUGUUCCGCCUCAUCGACCGCCCCUCGAAGAUUGACCCGAACGAUCCUUCGGGUGCGAAGCCUGACGUCGUUGAGGGUACUCUUGAAUGCGAGAACAUCGUCUUUAGCUACCCUAUGCGCCCUGGCGUUACUGUUCUGAAUAACUUCACCCUGCGCAUUCCUGCCGGUAAGGUAACGGCUCUUGUUGGAGCUAGUGGCUCUGGUAAGAGUACCAUCAUCGGCCUCAUCGAGCGAUGGUAUAACCCCAACUCGGGUUGCUUGAAGCUCGACGGUCGUCCUAUCGACAGCCUAAAUGUUAGUUGGCUGAGGAAACAAGUCCGUCUCGUCCAGCAGGAACCUGUCCUCUUCUCCGGUACUGUCUUCGAUAACAUUGCCAAUGGUCUAGCUGGUACGGGCUGGGAGGACGAGUCCAAGGAGCAGAAGUUAGCCCGUGUGCAAGAGGCAGCCAAGGUCGCCUUUGCCCACGAUUUUAUCAGUGAGCUCCCCGAAGGUUACGACACGGUCAUCGGAGAACGCGGUGGGCUUCUAUCUGGCGGCCAAAAGCAACGCGUGGCCAUCGCCCGCAGCAUCGUCUCACAGCCUAAGAUUCUCCUUCUCGACGAGGCCACCAGCGCUCUCGACCCGCACGCCGAAGAAGUCGUCCAGAAGGCCCUUGACAACGUGUCCAAAGGUCGCACCACCAUCACUAUUGCCCAUAAGCUUGCUACUAUUCGGAACGCCGAUAAUAUUGUCGUUAUGGAGCACGGUCGCAUCAUCGAACAAGGCACCCACCAGUCCCUCCUCGAAGCAGAGGGUGGGUAUUCCCGCCUCGUCAAAGCCCAGGACCUUUCAGUCGCAGCCAAGCUGGAUUCCGAAGAUGAUGACGACGACGCCACGGCCGACGGUGCGGCUGACCGCAAAUCUGUCGAGCUCACCCGAUCGCUUACGCGGUACUCGACGACAGCACAACAAGGCAUAGCGUCUCGCCUCUCCCGUGAUGAUUUUGAGAACUGGAAGAGCACUGGGCUCGUGACUACCAUUCUCAAGAUUAUCAGAUCUACUCCUGAGCUUAUCUGGACCUAUCUGGCCCUUUUCACGGGCUGCUGCUUGGCAGCUGGUGCUUAUCCAGGCCAGGCCGUGCUGAUGUCAAAAUUCAUCGAUGUCUUCAAGCUCACAGGUAAUGAAAUGCGAAAGGAGGGCAAUUUCCUCGCGCUCAUGUUGUUCGUCAUGGCUUGCGGCUGUCUUGUCGUGUACUUCAUUAUUGGGUAUUCAUCCAACGUGGUCGCCCAGACUCUUAACCAUAAAUAUCGGAAGCAAAUCGUCAACGACAUGCUGCGCCAGGAUCUCCAGUUUUUCGACCGGCCAGAAAACACUACAGGUGCCCUGAGCAGCCGAACCGACUCCUACCCCCAGGCUGUAUUCGAGCUCAUGGGCUUCACCGUUGCCUUGAUUCUCAUCUCCAUCGUCGGCGUUGUAUCAUGCUCUGUCCUCGCGCUGGCCUACGGAUGGAGGCUCGGCGUCGUGGUAGUAUUUGCCGGUCUGCCCCCUAUGCUGAUCUCGGGGUAUGCUCGCAUCAGGAUGGAGUCAGCUAUGGACGCCAAAAUCAACAAACGCUUUUCGCAGAGUGCAUCGAUAGCCUCGGAAGCCAUCAAUUCGAUCCGCACGGUGUCGUCGUUGGCUAUUGAGCGGAAAGUCCUCGAGAGAUACGACGCAGAGCUGGCACACGCCAUCGCAGACUCGCGUAAACCCAUCACACUUAUCAUGCUUCCUUUUGCCUUUACCCAGAGUGUCGAAUACUGGUUUCAGGCACUGGGUUUCUGGUACGGAUGUCGUCUUGUAUCCUUUGGGCAGCUAACCAUGGUUGAAUUCUUCACUACAUUCCUUGCUGUGUACUUUUCUGGUCAGCAGGCCUCUAUAUUGUUUGGCUUCUCCGGCAGCAUGACCAAGGCAACGGGCGCCGCAAACUACCUCUUCUGGCUCCAGCAGCUUGAACCUACAAUCCGCGAGACCCCAGAGAACCGAGACAUGGCUCCCCAAGGUUUCAAGAGCCUCGAUAUUGAGGACGUGAAGUUCUCAUAUCCCAUGAGGCCCGACGCACGUAUCCUCCGUGGCAUCGAUCUCACUAUCAAACAAGGACAAUUCGUCGCAUUCGUCGGCGCUUCCGGCUGCGGCAAGAGCACCAUGAUCGCCAUGCUAGAACGCUACUACGACCCGGUAACGGGUCGACUCCUUGUCGACGGCCAGCCCCUGUCUUCGCUGAACCCCUGGGCGUACCGAAACGACGUCGCCCUCGUGCAGCAGGAGCCCAAGCUCUACCCCGGCACGAUCCGUGAGAACAUCUCCAUGGGCGUGCCGAGCGGAGGCACGUCGAAAGUACCCGAGGCAGACAUCAUCGCCGCGUGUCACUCCGCCAACGCAUGGGACUUUAUCAGCUCGCUACCAGACGGUCUAGACACAAACUGUGGCAGCAACGGCCUCCAGCUUUCAGGCGGCCAGCGGCAACGCAUCGCCAUCGCGAGAGCGUUGAUCCGAAAGCCUCGACUGCUCCUCCUCGACGAGGCCACCAGCGCGCUGGACACGCAGUCGGAGCGAAUCGUGCAGGACGCGCUGAACGAGGCUGCCAAGACGGGCGAUCGGAUUACCGUUGCCGUCGCCCAUCGACUGUCGACGGUGCGCCAUGCUGAUAUGAUAUGCAUCUUCCACGGUGGUAGAAUUGUUGAUACCGGGACGCAUGAGGAGCUUCUUGCCACGAGCGAGAUGUACCGAAAGAUGUGCGAGGCACAGAAUCUGGGAUAA